UUUUUUCCCUUUUUUUCUUCCUUUUGUUUUUUCUCUCCCCUGUAUUCUUCUUCUGUUGCUUCAUUUUCUUUUUCUGGGGAAAAGAAGAAAAACCAAAACUUAGUUUGAUUUCACCUGCAAAUCUUUUUUUUGUUCCAGCUUUUGCUUGGAAAUGACUCAAGAAGAUUCAUCGCGCGGAUUAACAAGUGUAGGCAGAGUUGACUUCACAAAUCGGUUCGCUGAUAGAUACAACGAAUGGCUAGGGACAACUGGUGACGAAACAAAACAGGUGGAGGAUCGUGUGGAAACUGAUUCUGGACUUCCAGGUCAUGAUAUCUAUGGUUUCGAGAAUGAGAUCAAAUCAUUGCAACACUUCUUGUUGGAUCAAAAGUCUUACAAGCUGUUCAAGAGUCUUGUGGUUGUCGGAGAAUACGGUGUUGGGAAGACAGCAUUAUGCCAGCAGAUCUUCAAUGAUUAUGAUGUGAGGAAUGCUUAUGCCCCGAGGAUUUGGGUAUCUAUGCAUAGCAAUGAAUCUAAGGAGGGACUUGAUGGGAAGAUAUGUGUGUUGAAGACGAUCUUGAAGGGUCUUGGAGUUGAAGAGUCAAUGUUCGAAUCCAUCCAUAGAGAAGUAGUAGAAGAAGUUUCAAACAGGCAGGAAGCUGGAGAAAUUGAUGGAGAGACGGCUAAAGAGAAGGAGAUCUCUGCUCUGCUCUAUGCACUUCACUUGAAUCUGAGGUGGAAGAAGUAUCUGAUUGUGUUUGAUGAUGUCCAGGAGAUCGAUAACUGGGACGAGAAACUCGAUGCGAAACUCAACGAGGGUGAAAAAUGGGGAAAGUAUCUUUCAGAUGGAUUCCCUAAAGGGUCUGGUGGGAGGGUCAUAUACACGACCAGAGAUGAGAAUCUGGCGAAGAACCUUGUUGUUCAGAAACAUGAGAUCCAUCGUCUUUGGCCGCUAUCUGAUUCUAACAGUGUUUGGAAGAUAUAUGAAGCAAUGAUCCAGAAGAGAGAGAAAGAGUCUCCAAGGAACGACAAGAAAUGUAUAGAUGAGCUGAUGAACAAGUCUCGUGGUCUUCCUCUGGCUGCUAGACUGUUGGCUGAGCUUGAUCCCAUGUUGUUUGACGAUGGAAAGGCUAACCAGAACGGUUCUAAAGAUGGAAAAACCGACUCAGUCGACAACCCCAAUUCAGAAGAGAGUAAAACUAAACCUCUGUAGACUUUAGAAGAUUGAAGAGCCCUUUUCUAUUGUGUCGUCAAGCUUGUUUGUUUCUUGUUUUGUACUGGUUUGAUCUUGUCUCUCUGUAGUAUCAAUCAAUCAAUAAUCCAGAAUCUCCAAAUAUAGUUUCUUCAGUACAACACAAUGUUUCUUGAAUUCAGGGUCUGAAAAAAUAAGAGAGUUCCUUGUGUACCUUCUCUUAAAUCUGCAGUUUUAUCAGAUGUCCUUUACUCGUACCAUCUCCGAGUCUCUGCACUUGUAGAUGUAGACAUUGUAGACUUCUCAGUUAAUCAUAAUACAUUUCUUAUUCCUCCAUAGCUUCUUUAUCUACAAGUAUCACAGAAUAAGUAAACCAAACAACAAUAAC